AUAGCGUUUGAGAAACAUUUAGGGUGUCAUCAGCAAAUUCUAAUAAACGAUUAACUGUUUAAGGAAUAAAAUAGUCAGUUAUUACAGCAGUCAGUUAUUUAGCUUGAUGGAGCAGUAGGCAUGAGUCAUUUGCUGCUGUAAUUGCAGGUUGAAUAAAAUAAGGUAACAAGUUCAAUAAAAAAACAAUUAGGUGUAUUUAACGAUUUGGUGUAAUUAACAAACUGCAUGUUGUCAUGCAAAAAUGACAUUUUCGGCAUGCAAGGAUGAACAAAAGGAAGGAGAAACAGACUGACUCAUUAACAGCUGUGACCACCAAAAAAAAAAAAAAAAACAUAUAUUCACCCACACACAACGACAAACACCAAAUGUGCUGUCCAGAGUAUAACUGUAUUUAUUUCAUCAGCAGCAGACAGAAUGAUGGUUCCUGAAGGGAUUUCUCUGCUUCUGUUUGUUCUUCUUACGGUCUUCUGCACCGGCUCAAAUAAAAAGCUUAUAAUUGUGCCUGAAAAAACAGAAGAAAUUAAUGAAGGAUCAUGUGUGACCAUCCCCUGUGCUUACAAAAAAGAAAAGGAUGAAACAUAUACACUGUUGUGGUUUAAAGAUCCAGAAUAUGAGCACAAUAUUUAUAUCGGGACUAUUGUAUAUAGUAACACAGAAGAACGUCCCCAGUCACCAGAUUACUCCAGCAGAGCUGAAUACAUCACCAAUGCAACAUCAAUGAAGCAGCAAACACACCAGGAUGAAAACUGGAUAAAAUGUGAUUUAAGAAUCACCGAUCUUCAAAAGACAGACAGUGGGAAAUACAAGUUUAGAUUUAUUUAUUCCACGAGUAAGUUCAUCAGUGAUGCUCUGACUCUCACAGUUACAGACAAUCCUUGUAAGGUGCACAUUGAACAAUCAGAACUGACAAAUCCACUCCAAGAGUCAGAAGAAUUGACUGUUCGCUGUUCCACAUCUGGUUCUUGUGAUUCUUAUCCUGAAUGGCUCAUCCAUACAUCAGGACAAAAGCAAGAAUGGGUUUCCUCCUUGUCAACUGAUAUGAUCACACUGACCGAAGAGAAAGGAGAAGACAGAAAGGUCACAGAAUUAAAGCUCAAUGUGACAUGGAAAGAUGACAAACGCACUCUGUCUUGUCGUCCAGCGAAGAGUGUGGACAGCUGCCAGAUCAGGAACUUCACUUUACUGUCUGUGGAAUAUGCUCCUAAAGACACAAAGGCAACCGUGAGCUCUGAAGAUGUAAAGGAGGGAGACUCAGUCACUCUCUCCUGCAGCAGCGCAGGACGCCCUGAUGUCAGCUUCUCAUGGUUCAAAAAAGAGAAAACAGAAAUAGCUCAACAAACUUCUGACUGGACACUAGUUAAUGUGAAACCAGAAGACAGUGGAGAAUAUUACUGUGAAGCUAAAAACAAGCAUGGAGCAAAGAAAUCAAAUAGCAUUAAAAUUGAUGUGACGUAUGGUCCACAAGGCGUCACAGUUCAUCCUCUGGACAGUGUUAAAGAUCCUAAAGAGGGAGACCAACUAAAACUCAUGUGUUCAGUCCAGAAAAGUAACCCAACAGUCAAUCAGUUUACAUGGUACAAAAAUUCCCAAGACCUGCAUAAAACCGGCGAGACACUCAUCAUCAGUGAAGUUACUGCAGAGGACAGAGGAUCUUACUAUUGCCAGGCUUAUAAUGGGAUAAAAACUGUGAAAUCAAAUGACCUCAGGGUUUCUGUAAUGUAUUCACCAAGAAACAUCAAAAUCGAGGGCUCGACCUUUGUAAAAGUGGGCUUUCCACUGACUUUGACUUGCUCGGCUGAUGCUAACCCUUCGUCACACAUGUACACAUGGAAGCACAAACCUGGACUGUCUUCUUUCCCGUUAUCAAUAGAAACUGGACAGUUAAAUAUUAAGAAUGUGACCGUUCAACAUGCAGGGCAGUACACAUGUGAUGUUACCAACACUAUUGGCACAAGAUCACAAACCAUUAAAGUUGAUGUGCUUUAUCCUCCAACUAAUCUCAGAUUGAUCAUGAAGGAGGAAGUGAGAGAGUUUGAAGUGAUCUCCAUUAUCUGCUCAGUUCAAAGCUUUCCUGACUCACAGCUCACAGUGACAGGACCUCGGGGUGAUCUGAGAUCUGUUCAGAAGAAUCGAGUGAACAGCACUCCAUCUGCAAACAUGUUGACUCUCUACUUCAAUGUCUCUGAGUCAGAUUCAGGGAUGUACACAUGCAAAGCAGGAAAUUCAGAAGGAAAUUCUGGAACUGAACAAGAGCUAAUUGUGUUGCAUGCACCUAAAUAUGUGAGUGUAAGUUCUAAAGGAGAACAGACAUCUGGGAGUGAGCUGACCCUUACAUGUGAGGCUCACUCCAAACCUGCUCCAUCCUCAUAUGAGUGGAAGAAACGCUUUAAUGGGGCGAUAAACACAGUCGGACAUAAACAGGAACUACAAUUUACCUCUCUGAAAAUCACUGAUUCUGGUCAGUACAUCUGUAUUGCUCAUAAUUCCUUUGGGAAAACAGAAUCCUCAUCUGUAGAGAUCAAGGUCAAGUAUGCUCCAAACAUGAAUAUUGUCCAUAACAUGACAACUUCAACUCAGAGGAAUUGGGAGAUUCCAGUCUAUCUGACCUGCAGUGCAGAUGCGAAUCCUCCCGUCACUGACUACAAAUGGUACAGAGAGGAGGACAACACCACGGUACUAUCACACCAGCAGAACUUCACUGUUUGGCAAAAGAGCCCAGGAAUGUAUUACUGUACAGCAGACAAUGCUAUCGGAAAAUCACAAUCCAAAAGCAUCAAGUUAUUUAUCAGCAGUAACUCUCUCACGUUGUUCUGCCAGAUCUUCUUACCCAUCAUUCUCCUGUUGAUUCUCAUUGUUUUGGCCAUCUUUCUGAUACGCAGGACUAUCAUCAAGGCAAGAUCAAAUCAGCAAAGUGGAGCAGAUAAUCCAUUGUGCUUUUUUCCAGUAUUCCUGUCACGCUCUUCAACAGUGACAAGCUUACUUUUAUUGGGAUCACGUAAUAAUACCCAGGAAAAUCUGUCAGCGGAAGACAUUCCUGAUCCAGGUUACGGAAGGGUUGGUCAAUCACGUCCGACACCCCAUUCCCAAGAUCCUACACAAGUCCAAGACCUUGAUCCAAGGCCGAAAUCUAAUAUCCACACGGUGUACGCUGCUAUUAAACUGCCACAGAUGAAACCGGGAAAACAGUCCCCCAAACAAGAAAAAACUGGAUAUAUGGACAAUGACGCAGCUACCCUAAACUAUGUCACUCUUGAUUUCAAGGGACAAAAUGAGCCAGGAAAAAGAGUACCUGAAAGUUCGUCAGUCUACGCUGUGGUGUCAAAGAAUAAGCAGACAACGAAUUCCCAAACAGAAAAUCCAGAUUAUGAGAAUGUUUCUUCUGCAUGUGUGCCAAAGCUUCCAUUCACAAAUAUGGACUGGGAAUCUGAUACCAGUGAAGAAGAUGAGGUGAAUUACUCCACUGUGUCUUGUCCUGCCAAGCCUGCUGCUAAUCAACCCAGACAUAAUCAGAAGAGCCACCUUAGCAGUUCAAGCUCUGAUGAAGAAGACAGAACUGUAUAUUCAGCCAUAAAAGCAUAACCACAAGGAAUGUCCAACUUAAGUAUUAAUACCAAGUGUUUUAUUCUUAACCUGUAUUAUACUUAUAUUUUUAUUCUAUAUAGUGUUAUUUUAAAGUUAAAAUAUAUAAAUAAUGAUUCUAUAAGAGUGUUUUAUAUAUA